CUAGUAGAAGUAUUUUGGAUUUGGAUUUGGCUUUGCUUCUCUCACAAUUUUCAACUCGAAAAGAACAAAAGCAAACAAAAGCAGCACAUACUGGUACAGCUACUACAGCACUACCAGUACUCUUGUGAAUAAAAUACAAUCACCAUGUUCAUUCUUCCUGAAGACUUUACGCCCACUCCCCGCACCAUCAUUAUUGGCCGCGGUCGCGUGGUGAAGCAACAUCCCGCCAACCAGCAGUUUGACUCUAUGGUGGCAGGCAUUGCCGCUGAGUACAGCGCUGCUGCGUGCAAAGGCCAAAAGGGAAGCAUCUUAAGCAAGCUGAUUGAGAGACUUCACACCGAGCUGGAUGGAUUUGUCAAGAAGGAUCCUUCCUCUGGCCGUUGGCUUCGUGUGGACGAGUCCUUGGCGCGCACUACUACGGCUCAGGCACUCCGCAACCUCCUCAGUACCAACUACCGUUCUUCCAAGCAAUUCAAGCAAAAGCGCCGUCUCGAGCAAAUCAAGCAGCAGCAAAAGAAACAGCAAAAACAGCAAAAACAAGAACAAGCACAAAAUAUCACUCUCUCCUCUUCUCUCCUGGAAUUCCACAUGGCUUGUUCUGUCUCUCGUCCUUCUAGUGCUUCCUCAGACGAUGAAGUCUCUUUCUGCAGUCUUCCUGCUUCACAUUCAACUUCUACUUCACAUUCUGAUUCUGACUCAACUUGCUCAAGUGACACUUUCUCCAUCCUCUUUGCGGCCUUUGGAGAAUCUACUGCACCUACCAGCACCGCUUCUGAUGCUCAUGACAACUUUGCUCCUACUCCCUUGGGAUUUGACCACAGUUUGUUGGAACCCACUCCCAUCAAGCAACAACACCAACAAGAGCUUCCAGCGCCAGAAAGCAUGCUGGCCUCUUUCUUGGAGGAUGAUGAGUUGCUUUCAUGUCUCCUCUAAAUACAAUAUCAUGACAUGCAAGCAAGCAACUGCACACUGGCAUGUACAUAGCAUCACAGCACCAGCCACUUCCCAAACAAACAAACAAAACAUUAUUCGGUUACUAGACGCAUACAAUUGAAUUGAAUCAUUCCGUCUGUCAAUACUGUACCGGUAGUGCGAACAAAGCAACACAUAAACUAGCCGAUAACCAAACAUGUAAAACCUGUACAACACAAAGUACUAAAAACAAACAACCAUGGACU